AGAUCCCGAACAAGAAAAUAAAAACUCACGACUAUGCCCUUUUUACUCCGACUCCUGAUUAAAACCACGUACACACACUCGACAGCUUCUUCCUUCCAUUUUUAUCUCUGUAAUUUUGUCGGUCAAGCAAACAAAAUAAUUUGAAGGAAGCCAUGUUUGAAGCAUCUGUGUCCCCUACACCUUCGAUCUGGGCUUCCAUAAACAGCUGGUUCACUCCCGCUGUUUUCUUCGUCGUCCUCAAUCUCAUGAUUGGCACCAUUGCCAUUACUUCGAGAUUAGGCAACCAAAAGCACCAACAAGCAGAAGCAGAAGCGGAAGCAGGAGCGGAAGCAGAACACCCACAACACCCACAGUUUGCUAGAUCUCCAUCCGUACUGCAAAGGCUCAAAUCGAUCAAAUUCUACGCCUACAGAUCCCAGGAACCAGCUAACAUCUUCGAGAAAUCCCCAGAAUCAGAGAGCCAUUUCGAUUUCAAACAUCUCCAUGAACUAGAGCAACCCCAACUUACCAGAUCUCCGUCUAUGUUUCAGAGGCUCAAGUCCAUUAACCUCCGCAGUUACCAAUACCACGAGCCCAGCGCGCCACAGUUUCCAACCACUGCCAUUACCGCUACCUCCGAUUUGCACAAAACCCAAGAAUUCGAUAUCCAUUUCACGACUCUCCAACAACCCCUAGAGAAUGAAGAAGAAGAGCAAUCCCAGGAAGAAGAUGAAGACGAAGAUGAAUACAAAGAACAAGAUCAAUACCAGGACCUGACCAUGAAUGAGAUUUACGGCCGGCUACAGGACACCCACGCUACCAAGCCCAGCACGCCACAGUCCCCAACCACUGCCAUUACCGCUAACGCUACCUCCGAUCUGCACAAAAACCAAGAAUUCGAUACCCAUUUCACGACUCUCCAACAACCCCUAGAGAAUGAAGAAGAAGAAGAAGAACAAUCCCAGGAAGAAGGCGAAUACAAAGAACAAGAUCAAUACGCGGACCAGACCAUGAAUGAGAUUUACGACCGGCUACAGGGCACGCACGCUACCAAGCCGAAGAGGAAGAUGAAGAAGUCGGUGAGCGCCAAGUUGGCGUUUCGUCAUUUUGAAGAGGACGACAUCGUUGAGGCUCGCCGGCCGGCGACAGUGAGUGAAGGAAAGGUUGGGGCGACUGAGGACAAAGAAGAGGUGGACUCCAAGGCAGACGAUUUCAUCAACAAGUUCAAGCGUCAGUUGAAGUUGCAGAGGAUGGACUCCAUUUUGAGGAACAUGGCGGAGGAUCACCGGAGGCAGAGUGGUGAGUAGGGUAAAUAAUUUUGUGGUAAAUUACUAAAUGUGUUUAAUUUUUAUUGCUAUUUUGGGGAUUAGUUAAAAAAAAAAAAAUUCUAAGUACGUGAUUUUAUAUUUGUUAGAUUUAUUUUAUUUUAAAAGUAAUUAUACAAUCUAAUGUAUUGUAUUAAGUUAGUAAGAUAUGUAAAUUUGUAGAUUUAUUUA